AUGGGCGUGGAGAAACGGGCAUAUGUAAGUAUAAUGAAUGAUGUGCGAUGUGGGGGAUGUGGGCAGCAUCUGAACAUGCAAAAAGCCAUUCAACAAUCACUCACUCGCUCCAAAUCCCAAAUCCCUAAUCCCCUUUUUAGGAACACUCCCUCCCACUCCCAGCUCUCCUUCCAUCAUCACUCGUCAUUCACGCCGGAUCCAAUGGGCUGCUGUAUCAGCGCCGGAGGUCACCGUCCCGCCGUGGAGCCGGGAUCGCCGCCCUCGAUGAAGGAGGAGGAGGUGGAGGAGACUGUGAAGGAAGUCCUGAUGGAGACCGUCCCUGCUGUCAUAGCAAACGAGGACAAGGGAAAUGGCGGCGUAGGAAUCAAGGAGGGGAAUCUCGCCCGCGAAGCUGGAUCAACGCCCGAGAUUCAUCUUCAUUCCGAGAUCGUUUCGGAGGUUUCCGAAGCCUCAGAGAUUUGUAGCAAUGCGGAGAGUUACUCCAACGCUGCGGCGGCGGCGGAGGAGGAGGAGGACGACGGGGUUGUUGAUCAGAGGCCUCCGGCGAAGAAACGCCGCGCGCCGGGCGGGGGGAGGGGGCGGGGGCAGGGUAGAAGGGCGCUGGAGAGACGGGGACAAGUAGCGCCGUUGAGGUCAGUUCCCGGGAGGGCGCCGACGCCGGCGAUGGAGCCGCGGAGUGUGACGCUGUUCGAUAGUAGCCGGCGGGUGGAAGGAGGGGAGGGUUCCGAGCGGCGGUCGAGGUCGCCGCCGCCGGUGAGGCGCGGGGUGGAGGAGCAGAAGAGCGGGAGCACGCGGGAAGCAGGAAACGACGUCGUAUCGAUGGAGGAAGCACUAGCAGAAUCGCUUGAGAAUCCUAUUGUAUCUUUGGAGUGCUUCAUCUUUUUGUGA